AGAAAGAAGCUUCAAGUAAAUAUGGAGAAAGAUGACCUAGAAGUAGAACCCGCCGGAAAACCUUUGUACAGGCUUUACUUCAAGGGUUUGGUAACCGAGGAAAAAGCGAUGUUAUUCGCAGGAUUCGGCGUUGCAAUUUGCGGCGACAAGGAAGAUCUAUUGUUUGACAUGAAGGGGCCAAUUCAUGACCCCGCAAUUACACUUUUGGAGGCUGACCUUAUAGCCUUGAAGUGUGGAUUAAGUGAAGCCGUGAGUUUGGGGAUCAAUCAUAUCUCAAUUUGCUGCGAUCAUGAUCAGAUUUUCGAAUUGGUCAUGGGGAGGUUCACUCCUGAGCAAGAAAACAUUGCCUUGCUAAUGCGUGAUGUGCAAGGCAUCAGAAACAAUUUGACGUCUAGCGUUCCUGUUCUGUUGACUCGAGACCAAUCAAAUUUUGCCUACGACUUUGCAAUAGAAGCAAUCUCUUCUGAUAUCAUCAUAGAUAUUCCUCCUCAGAAAGAGACUUGCAAUAUCUGUUUGAACGAUGACAUCAAUGCUGAUCAGAUGUUUUCGGUUGAUAAAUGUGGCCAUAUGUUUUGUUCCGAAUGCGUUAAACGACAUAUAGAGGUGAGACUACUAGAGGGAAGUUUGAUAAGAUGUCCUCAUUAUCGUUGCAUAUCUCUACUGACUUAUGGAAGUUGUGUCAACCUUUUGACACCUAAACUAAAAGAGAUGUGGGAACAAAAGACUAAAGAAGACUCUAUCCCGGUAACGCAUAGAGUUUAUUGCCCAAACCCGAGGUGCUCGACUUUAAUGUCGGAAGCCGAGCUCUCUGAACUUAUCAUUGGAUUUAGGAGACGCUGUGUAAAAUGCGGUGAACCCUUUUGCACCAAGUGCAAAGUACCGUGGCAUAAUAACUUGUUGUGCGACCAGUACAAGAGGUUACAUCCAAAUCCUACCGAAAACGAUGGAAAGCUAAAAGAUCUAGCGAAUGAGAAAUCGUGGCGUCAAUGCAGCAAGUGUAAACACAUGAUUGAACGUUCUUCUGGAUGCCUCAAUGUGGACAUAGAUUUUGUUAUCAAUGUGGAGCCGAUGCUGGAUUGUGCAACCAUGGUCACCACAUUCCUCAACACUAUCUUGAACACUAUCCUCGACGUCGACGCCCGUUACGAACGCGGACACGGUGUCCUCAAAUUUGCUGCUGAUAUGGAAGAGGAAGGCACUCUAGUACGAGCAGAUAACCUAAAACAUGCCGGAAAUCCAUCACCGUCAAAAUCCUCGCCGUACAGCCUUUACUUCAAGGGUUUGGUUAGUGAAGAGACGACGGAGUCAUCGGCAGAGUUUAGGGUUGCGAUUUGCGGCUACAAGGAUGGUCUGAUGUUUCAGAUGAAGGGUCCAAUUCAUGACUCACCAAUCACACUUUUGGAGGCUGAACUUAUGGCAUUAAAGUGCGGAUUAAGCGAAGCCGUGAGUUUGGGGAUCAAUCAUAUCUCAAUCUGCUGCGAUAACGAUCAGAUUUUUGAAUGGGUCAUGGGGAGAUCCGUGCCUCAGCAAGAAAACAUUGCCUUGCUAAUCCGUGAUGUACAAGGUAUCAGGAAACGUUUUACUUCUAGCAUCGCUGUUCGGGUGACUCGAAAUCAAGUUGAAUUUGCGUAUAAAGUUGGAAUGGAAGCAAUCUGUUCUAAGACCAAGAUAGCUAUGCCUUCUCUGUUUCAUCCGGGAAAGAUAGAUGUGCCUGCGCUGUUUCAUCCGAAAAAGACUUGUAGUAUUUGUUUCGACGAUGACAUCAAUGCGGAUCAGAUGUUUUCUGUUGAUAUAUGUUGUCAUGUGUUUUGUUCCGAAUGUGUGAGACGACAUAUAGAGGUGAGACUAGCCGGUGGAUAUUCGGUGACAUGUCCUCAAUAUCGCUGCAAAUCUAAGCUGACUUAUGGAAGUUGUGUCAACAUUUUGACACCUAAACUAAAAGAGAUGUGGGAACAAAGGAUCAGAGAGGACGCGAUUCAUGUAAUGGAUAGAGUUUAUUGCCCAAACCCGACGUGCUCAGCUUUAAUGUCACUAACCGAGCUCUAUCAACACACUGGAGUCAGGAGGUGUUGUGUCAAAUGCGGUGAACCCUUUUGCAUCAAGUGCAAAAUUCCGUGGCAUAAUAACUUGUCGUGCAAACGUUACAAAGAGUUGCAUUCAAAUCGUGCGACAAACGAUAACAAGCUUACACAACUAGCAAAUCAGAAAAGUUGGCGUCAAUGCAGCAAAUGCAAACAAAUGAUUGAACUUUCUGAAGGAUGUGGACAUGAGUUUUGCUACGGAUGUGGAGCCGAUGCUGGAUCUUGCUCUCAUGGUCAUGCCUAUUACUUUUCGUAUGAAGAUCUAGAGCCAGAAGUCCCAGGGCUAGUGCUAGUCAGUAUUGUUGCUGUUAUUAUGAUAUUCUUCAUAAGAUAGUUUCUAGAACAGAACAGUGUAAUCAGUUGUGUGCUCUGUUUUUAAGGACUUGCUUUGAGCAGAAAGUGAUUAGACUAGACCAAUAACUAGAGAUUAUUAAACUUAUUUCAUCAAG